AUGGAGCCCAGCCCGGCGGCCGCAGCCCCCCCGCCGAUGCCCGCGACCCCCCCGCCGAUGCCGGCCAAGGAGGAGGCUCGCCCCCCGCCCGAGGGGGCCAGCUGUGACCCCGGCCCCGCGGCCGCCGCCCCCCCGGGCUCUCCGUGCCGGCCGCCGCCCGCGGACCCGCUGGACACCCGCAUCGUGAUGGGGGAGGAGACGCGCUGCCCCCCGCCCGAGCCCCGGGGGGAGCCGCCCGUGCCUUGUCCCUUCCCCGCGCCCCCCAAGGAGCCGUGCCCGGGCCGCCCCCCCGCGCUGGACCCCGAGCUGUUCUUCACCGCCCCCUCCACGCCGGUGCGGGCGGGGGGGCCGCGGCCGCCGCCCCCCGAGGAGCCGGACGGGGACAGGGACAGCGAGGGGCUGUGCUCGCCGCCCACGUCCCCCUCGGGCUCCUACAUGACGGCCGAGGGCGGCAGCUGGGGCUCCUCGGGCACGGCCAGCACCUCCCCGUCCUGCUCGCCCAACCUGGCGGCCGAGGCCGAGGGCCUGGGCGAGGCUGAGGGCGAGGCCGAGGGGCUGGGGGGGGCCCUGGCGCUGCCCCCCGGCCUGGGGGAGCCCCCGGCCUUCCCGCCGCUCUCCCCCGAGGAGGACGAUGAUGAGGAGGAGGAGGAGGACGGGCUGUUCGCCCCGCCGGGCUGUGCGGAUGAUGAGGAUGACGAAGAUGAGGACGGGCAGACGCCGGAGGAGGAGGAGGAGGAUGAGGACGAGGGCUCGGGGCUGAUCCCGGCGGCGCUGCUCCCGUUCCGCGGCAGCCUCCUGUUCCAGGCCGAGGCCGUGGAGAUCUCGCCCCGGGCCCCCGCCGAGGAGGAGGAGGAGGAGGAUGAAGGCAGCACCUCGGCGUCCUUCCUGCGCUCGCUCUCCGAGAGCUCCAUCCCCGAGGGGGGGGACGAGGCCUUCGCCUUCCGCGACGACACCGACGCCUCCUCGGACUCGGCCGCCUACGACGGGGACGAGGACGAGCGGCUGUACGGCACGGAGCGGCACGCAGGGGACACGGGGACACCCCCGGGGACACCCCCCGGGCCUGCCGGUGUCGAGCUCCACCUCCGGGCCGGGUCCCCGUGUCACCCCGCCGGCCAGGACACGGCUCCCGGGUCCCUGGGGACACCGCCCGCAGGGGACGCGGAGCUGGACGGCGACGCCUUUGUCACCAUCACGGGGACGUGGCCCCCGCCGGAGUCCCCCGAGGAGGUGGCAGCGACAGAAAGUUCUGGAGCCGUGCUGGGACAGGGGCCUUGCCCAGAGCUGGCCGGGACAGGCCCUGCUCCCCGGCCCCCCGCGCUCUGUGCUGGGGAGCCCCAGGAUGGCCCUGGGGGUGACAGUGAUGGUGACAAUGACCUUGAGCUCAGCACUGGGACGGUGGGGAGUGCUGAUGGCCUCGGCGAGCUUGACGCUGCAGCCACCAGCUUGGGGACAUCAGUGACACCGACCCCUCUGGAUGAGAUGGCCGAUGAUGUGGUGACACCAGGGACAGCCAGCCUGAUGGACUCGGUGGACACUGGCCUGGUGACACCAGUGGUACCAACCCCACUGGACGAGGUGGACACUGCAGCCACCAGCCCAGUGACAGCCAGCCUGCCUGAUGAGCCGGACUCUGUGGCCACUGACAUGGUGACACCAGGGACACCGACCCCACUGGAUCAGCUGGACACUGCGGCCACAGACAUGGUGACACCGGGGACACCAACCCCACUGGAUAAGCUGGACGCUGUGGCCACUGAUGUGACACCGGGGGCACCAACCAAACUGGAUGAGCUGGACACUGCAGACACUGUUCUGGUGACACCAGGGACACCAACCCCGCUGGAUGAGCUGGACACCGCAGCCACUGACGUGGUGACACUGGGGACACCAGCCAAGCUGGAUACUGUGGCCACUGAUGUGACACCAGGGACACCAACCAAACUGCAUGAGCUGAACACUGCAGACACUGUUCUGGUGACACCAGGGACACCAACCAAACUCGAUGAGCUGGACACUGUGGCCACGGACAUGGUGACACUGGGGACACCGACCCCACCGGGUGAGCUGGACACUGCAGCCACUGAUGUGACACUGGGGACACCAACCAAACUGCAUGAGCUGGACACUGUGGCCACUGAUGUAGUGACACCCAGCCUGAUGGACAGCACAGCCACCAGCCUGGUGGCACCCAGCCCAUCAGGUCCUGCAGCCACUGAUACUGUGACAUUGGUGACACCCAGCUUGCCAGAUGAGCCGGACGCUGUUGCCACCAGCCUGGUGACACCAGUGACAACAAGCCCACCAGAUGAGCUGGACACUGUUGCCACUGACCUGGUGACACCAGUGACAACAAGCCCACCAGAUGAGCUGGACACUGUUGCCACUGACCUGGUGACACCAACCCCACUGGUGACACCCAGCUCCCCAGAUGAGCCUGGCACUAAGGCCACCAGCCUGGUGACACCAAGCCCACCAUGUGAGCUGGAUACCACGGCCACCGACCUGGUGACAUCGGGGACACCCAACCUGCUGGACAAGACGGAAGUUGUGGACACUGUCCUGGUGACACCAGUGACAUCCACCCUGAAGGAUGCUGUGGCUACUGACUUGGUGACAUCAGUGACACCCACCCUGAUGGCCCCUGCGGCCACCAACCUGGUGACAGUGGCACCAAUCCCCCUGGAUGAGAGGAGCACUGUGGCCGCUGACCUGGUGACAUCGGUGACAUCUGCCCCGAUGGACACCCCGGACACUGCCCCGGUGACCCCGAGCGCGAUGGACACCCCGGACACUGCCCCAGUGACCCCGAGCACGAUGGACACCCCGGACACUGCCCCAGUGACCCCGAGCGCGAUGGACACCCCGGACACUGCCCCAGUGACCCCGAGCGCGAUGGACACCCCGGACACCAAACCGGUGACAUCGGUGACACCAACCCCCCGCGAGGAGACGGCCACCGUGAGCACCGAGGCGCUGACCCCCAGCCCACUGCACACCACGGCCGCUGACCCGGUGACCUCCGGCCCCCUGGCUGCUGUCCCUGUCCCGUGUCCCCCUCCCCGGGCCGUGUCCCCCGUGGUGCUGGCAGCCGGGGUGGCCCUAUCUGAGUCCCCAGCUGUCCCCCCGUGUCCCCUGGCACAGGGGACGCUGUCACAGCCCCCUGGGGGUGGCCCUGAGGAGAGGGGGGACGCGGCCACCGCCUCGGCCAAGGAUUUGUCCCCGGAGCUGCCGGACGCGUCGCGGCCCCGCACCGACUCCAGCUUUGUCACCGUCCCCGCGGGCAGCGCCGGAGAGCCCGAGGAGGAGGAGGAAGAGGAUGAAGAGCACGAGGAUGCAGCCCCCGCGCCCCCCUCGCCGCAGUUCACGGCCUCGGAGCGGGAGGUGUUUGUGGGGACCCCCCCGGCCCCCCCCGAACUGCUGCCACCACCCGCCCCCCGGCCACGCUGCAAGGGGCACCGAUGCCAAAGUCCCCCCGAGUCCCCCCGCGGCCCCCCCCGAGCAGCAGGAGGAAGAGGAGGCCGUGGGGGGGGUCGUGCCCAGCCCCCUGCCCGCUGCGGGGGCUCCUCCCGAGCCCCCCCGCCCUGCGCCCCCCAAACUCAGCCAAGUGCCUCCUCCCGCCGCCCUGAGCCCCCCAGGCCUCCCCCCAGCCAGGAGCCCCCCCCGGGGCUGCCCCUCUCCAGGAAGCACCUCGAAGCCCCCCAGCCCUCCCCGCAGAAGGAGCCGGAGCCCCGGGGCCGGGCGGGGGGCCCGGGGGCUGGGGGGGGCCGGGCGCCCCCCCGGGGGUCUCUGCAGUCCGAGUCGAGCUCGUCCAGCGAGGCUGAGGCCCCCCGCCCCCCCCCGGCCCCCCAGCGCUGCCAGCCCAACCACCGAGGGUCCGGCAACGAGUCCGAGAGCAACGACGAGUCCAUCCCGGAGCUGGAGGAGCCCGAGGGCUCGGAGCUGCCCCCUGCCCAGCCCCAGGUGCCCCUCGGCCACGGGCUCGGCCCCGGAGAGGAACCGCUCAGCAAAGCCAAGCAGAGCCGCAGCGAGAAGAAGGCCCGGAAGGCCAUGUCCAAGCUGGGGCUGCGGCAGAUCCACGGCGUCACCCGCAUCACCAUCCGCAAAUCCAAGAACAUCCUGUUCGUCAUCUCCAAACCCGACGUCUUCAAGAGCCCCGCGUCCGACAUCUACAUCGUCUUUGGGGAGGCCAAGAUCGAGGACCUGUCCCAGCAAGUGCACAAGGCAGCGGCUGAGAAGUUCAAAGUGCCCCUGGAGCACUCGGCGCUGGUGACCGACGCUGCGCCCGCCCUGGCCAUCAAGGAGGAGAGCGAGGAGGAGGAGGAGGUGGAUGAGACAGGGCUGGAGGUGCGGGACAUCGAGCUGGUCAUGGCCCAGGCCAACGUGUCACGGCCCAAGGCCGUGCGGGCCCUGCGGCACAACAACAACGACAUCGUCAACGCCAUCAUGGAACUGACCAUGUAGCAGCCGGGGGUGUCCUGGCCCCCUGUAUAGAUGCACAGAACCCCCCCAAAUCCUCCCUCCUGCCCCCCAUCCUGCUCCUGGCCCUCUGGACUGCUCAAUAAAGGCCUCCUGCACCCCUUGGAUCGCA